CGCCAUCGUUCCUGAUGCCAUAACUGGAUCACAUUAGUGCCGCUGGAUGCCGAAUUGGCGCACAUUGAAGGCAUGUAGCUCAACAUCUGGGAGGGGCAUCGCCGUUGUGACAGUGUGAAUCGGAGGGUUUUUGAUCCGGUGCAGAAGGAAGCCUUUCUUCUUCCAGAAAGCAGGUCUGCUGAGAUGCGCAGGGCUCCGACGCAGCAGCGGAGGUCGCGGAGGCUGCUGGUGAAUUACAAUUAAAGGCACCAUGAGCGAGCGGAUCUGUUGGUUUACCACAAAUCACCGCACGAUUUGUUAAUAUAGGCUUUUCUCCCCCCAGAAAGGAUUUUUCGUCCUUUGGGAAUGAUUUUUCUCAGCGUGCUGUUGCUACAGAGGACCAUGGAGACCUCCGAAGGCAUCGGUCAUGCUCUCUGGUGAGGACGUGGCCGGGAGCGUGAGCUGUAAAGUCCCCAAAUUUGCAUCACAUGGAGGUCAAAGGACAUCUGAUCACAUCCAUGGGUUUGGGGGCUCCUGAUGUUCAAGGCUGCCAGGACAGCAAGCUGCAGGCUGAGAGGAUCGCAGCUCUGCAGGAAAGGAAGCAGGCCCUGGAGGCUCUCCUCAAUGCCAGAGUGGGAGAACUCAAACAAGUCUGUUUGCAGGAAGCAGAGCUGACUGGGAAGUUGCCACGUGCUUUCCCCCUGGAGACGGGAGAGAAACCCCCACCGGUGCAGCGCAGAGCUGGCCUGGUGCCCAACACCAAGGCAGAGGAUGAGGCUGCCCAAAGAAAGCAGAUGAAAGCCAUCUUCACCGGUGCUCUGUACCGACACUCAGAGUCCGACCGAAAUGUCCCAAAUAGCAAGAGGACAGUGCAUCGGGGGUGUCAUACAGAGGACACUGUCAUGUCAGAGAGUACCAGCUCCAUGUCAGAUUCAACAUCCCAUGACAAUGAGUCUUCACCCAGUGUAGCUGCUGACCAGCGCUCCCUGUCUCAGCCCCGGCUCACUGUGGGCAGCCCCGACCACAGAAUCAGCAGGAAGUUGUCUCCGGUAGAGAUUUAUUACGAGAUGAGGACACGCCGCAACUCUGUGACAAGCUCUGUUAGCCCCACUCACUCUUUACCUAGAAGUGCUUCUAACGUUGAAGGCAGAAGUGUUCCAGCAACUCCUCUGCUGGCCCGAACUGCUCCGAUCAGCGUUCACGUCAGGUCAGAUGCAUCCAGCGGAAAUGGGUUGAAGCAGUGGUCUGGCAGCCUGGAUGUGCCGUAUAUGAUUCCUCUGGCUCAAGAGGGCUCUUCCUCUGACCGCCGAAGCUGCCCAUACAGCUCCCGAGCCAGGCGCAGCAACAGCUCUGAGGCCCUGCUGGAUAGGUCGAGCCUCCCGGACGAUCCCGCACCCAGAAACGGGAUGCCCCAGAGAGGAGGGCCCUACAAGAGCUCAGAGACAUUGACUGAUGGCAAGCUGCGACACAUUCACCUGGGCAGCCCUGAGAGACAUGUGGACAGCUCCGGGGAACAGGUCAAAAUGCGUCUGUCUAUGGGUGGCAGGGGGGCCAGUGGAGGCUACAAUGAGCUUUUGAUGGACUAUAUCUGGGGGAAACAACAGAGGAUGCAAGUGCAACACCACCUGUACCAGUCCACAGGCAGGAUCUGGCAGGACAUGUCCUCUCCUCGCUCCUCCACUGCAGCCGUGCCUCCUCACGCCAAUGGAUUUUCUCAUUCCCAGGUGCACCUUCCCAGUGCUGCACCCCCUUACAGCCCCAUGGUCCUCAGAGGAUCCCAAGCUGAGCUACGCAGGGUCAAAGUUACCAGAACCAAAUCUUGUGGGCCCUUCAUUCCUUUGCAGCAACAUCCCCAAGAUGCCAUCCUGCUAUCAGCGUAUGAGUCUCCUGUCCCUGCCUCUGGCUCCACCACAUCCUCCAUCCCCAACCUGCACCCCUACCAGACCGAGCUAUCUGGUACUUCUUUCAGCCGCAGACCCCCACAGUUCUCCCUCCCAACCCCAGAAGACUCGACAAGAAGCCUGCAUAAAGCCCUGGCUCUGGAGGGACUGAGGGACUGGUACCUGAGGAACGCUCUCGGCUAUCCUCCUGCUGCCCCAAAGGGCCACGAGGCGGGGAUCUCUCGUCUGUCGCACCCUCACCCACUGGUGCACCAGGCCCAGUCUGUUCAAGGUGAAUCAGCCAACGUCCAAAGGCCUCAGAUACCCCAGUCAGCCAGCUUCCAUGGUCACCCUCUGCAUGGGAGGUCGAUGGAGUUCUCUCUCUAUCAGGAAACUCCGGAUCCACAGAUGCAAGACGUGACCCCAAAGGAGCCCAGUGCAGACCCAGGCACCCUGGUCUGAAGCAGCAGAACACACACACACACACACACACACACACACACACACACACACACACACACACACACACACACACACACACACACACACACACACACACACACACACACACACAGACUCACAC